AUGGCAGACAGCAGACGCGUGUUCGUGCAGCGGGCGGUCGCCAAGGGACCGGUCGUGGACGUGAGUGCGCCCGUCAUGGCGUUCGUCCUGCCCACGGAUCCGUGGCCCACUGUUGUCAAUGAAUUCCUCAUGAGCUGCAACGACGACGACGUGGACGUGCCGCAGCGCGAGCCAGGACUGCUGGCCAACUGCGUCGUGCUGCUCGCUGCGUCGCUCGAGCAGGUCACAGAGUCCGCGAGCUGCGAGGACGGCAGACAGUACAUUCUGUGCAUGAAUGCAGAGGACGCCGCGCGUCUCCAGACCCAAAAGUUCGGUGGCAGUAGUGCCAGCUGUGUUCCUGGCACAACUGACGGCAAUGCACCACCCGCUCGCGAAAGCAUUGCGCUUACGGACCAACUCGAGUCCCUCGAGGAGCUGGACUACUACUUUGAUGACGCUGGCACGCUGCGUCACUGCCGCACGAACCAGGCUGUGUACGAGCUCAUGAGUGACGAGCGAAGAGCAGGCGAGCUCGACGAUAUCGUGAAAGCCGCCAUCUUCCACAUACAGAUGGAAAUGCUGGCCGAGCUGGCGUUCAAACAGGCGCGCGUGCCAUUGGACCUUCAGCCACACGAGCCGAAAGAAGCUCGUACGAGUGUGUUCCUCACGUCUGACUGGCGCACAAAUAGCAACCUGCUGGUUGUUGUCAACGGUGGCCGCGGCGCCCAGCCUGGGAUUUGGAGUCGGGAUCUGCUGAUUCAAGAAGGACUGGAGCUCGGAUCAAUGCUGCCCGUCAUGCGCCGUGCGACAGCAGGGAACUUUGCAGUGGCUGUGUUGAACCCGUCAACGAACAAUGUGACGAUUGGGAGCGCGACAUUCUCGAUUCGUGAAAACUCAUCACCAGAUGAGCAUAUGUUGUAUGUAUGGGAUAACAUUAUCUCACGUGCACAAGCUCGCAACGUGUAUGUGCUGGCUUACUCUUUCGGAGCAAAGUCGGUGCUGACGCUCAUUCAGAAGCGUGAAGAACAGGUUGUUCAGCGCGUGAAUGCAGUAGUCUUUGCAGAAGGUGCGUACCGCAUGGAUCCAUCGACCAUGUCUUCGCCGAUGGCUCAGUUUAUGAAACAACGUGUUAUCAACUUCAAGGGUGACGCACAUGUUCCGGUGGGCGGGCACAUUCCAGCAGAAGAGGAGAAACUAUCGUGUAGCUGCUUAUCUGUGGGAGACCCCACGGCACCAGCUCCAUCAGACGAUGGCAAAGCAUCGCCAUCUGCAGCUUCCGUAUCAGCGCUACAUAAACGAAGUAGUAGCAACAAGGCCCGCACUAUCAGUCUUUCACUGGAAACGACGUUCGCAUAUUUCGUUGCAGCGCGCGAUCGUGGUUGCAGUGCAGCCCAGUUCAUACACGAGUCAGAAAGCAGGACACGGACAUGGCUCGGAAGUGUCAUACGACAUCGUCUUGAUUCGUUGAAGCCCCGCAAACAGAGUCGCCGUCUCAGCACUGCAAUGGGCGCUAACGCAAGCGAAUCGUCGCACCACCGGAAAACUGCCCGCCGCUCGUCGUUGGAUACUGAUGCGAGUACGUCGGCAUUGCGGGCAUCUAUAUCUAGCAGCCGUGGUAGCAGCUCCAGCCACUUCGCUCAUGGCGUAUCGGUAAGCGACUUUGACUUGAUCAAGGUCAUCGGUAAAGGAUCGAUCGGGAAGGUGUUUCUUGUCCGCAAGAAAGAUACACAGGUUGUGUAUGCUAUGAAAGUGCUGCGCAAGAAGAACGUAGUUCGCCACGGCUUGGAAGAACACAUCAAGACCGAGCGUUUGAUUCUUGAGGAAAUUGAUCACCCAUUUAUCGCGCGGCUGCGUUUUUCGUUCCAGACCAAAGAUAAGCUGUACCUCGUGACCGAUUAUUGCUCUGGCGGAGAACUCUUUCACCACAUGUCUGAUGAAGGCUUCUCGUAUGAGCUGUGUCGAUUUUACGCUGCCGAGCUGGUACUUGGGCUGGAGCAUCUGCAUCGGCUGAAGGUAGCGUAUCGUGAUUUAAAACCCGAGAACAUUCUAGUUGAAGCCUCUGGACAUCUGCGCAUUACCGACUUCGGACUGUCGAAGCUAAACGUGGUCUCGGACAAGGGGGCGCAAACGCUCGUGGGCAGUCCCGAGUACCUGGCGCCUGAGGUUUACAAUUUGCAGAAAUACGGAUUUGCCGUAGACUGGUGGUCGCUGGGCGUGUUUCUCUACGAAAUGCUGACAGGUGUGCAUCCAUUUUUUGACGAUAAUCGCGAGGUCAUGGUAAGAAAAAUCAUGACGCCUGGUUUAGUUAGUACGAUGAUGCCGCCGGAGAUGCCUCCCGAUGCUGCGUCGAUAAUUUGUGGCCUGCUUACUUUCAGUCCGACGGAACGUCUUGGAUCGCGUGGGGCGCAAGAGCUGCGCGACCAUGCGUUUUUUGCGGGGAUUUCUUGGAAUGGACUGAUGCAGCGGGAGGUGGCACCGCCGUGGCACCCGGUGGUGCAGGAUGAGCUCGACGUGGGCAAUUUUGACGCCGAGUUCACGUCCGAGCCGGUCGUGGACAGCGUGUGUACGCACCAAUCCAUGGUGCUCAGCACAACGUUUGCUGACUUUACCUUCAACCCUAGCAUCUCGGACUCCAUGCGCAACCGACGCGAUUAA